AGUUUUGUGAGCCCAGGUAGGAAAAUUUGAUCAGAUAAUUUAAAAUCAUACAAUCAUCAUUCAAACUAAGACUAGCUAAGAAGGUUUAAAAGUGGUAACUGCUUUAACUAAAUAUAGAAUUCGCCUAUGAAAUCUAAUGUGUAAUUUUGGUGUUUUCUGAACUCAUUGAUCCAUCUCUUUUUCUGGGUGCCAGGUCAGUACUUUGGCAUAUAGUAGGUACAAUGUAUCUUUUGAGGAAACUCCACAGAAAUGAAUAUAAGGGCACAGUUCCAAAAGACAAAUUAUUUAUCACGUUUCUUACUUGCUGUGUUUAUAAAAUCCUUUUAUGACAGUUAAAACUAACAAGUACAUUAGUGUUCUUUACUUAUCGCGUAAUGAGAGAAACAUGUAUUGUACUUGUGUUUCAGAGCAAUGGAAAAAAGCUAAUUUGAAGAAAAAAGUAAAUUUCAGUGAAGAAUGUUGUCAUACUGUAUUUGACAGGUCAUUAUAACGAGCAAAGAAGAACAAUGAUAUGUAUUUUAGCAUGGUGAGAAAUAACUUUGGGGAUUUUUUUCUGUUUUUUAUUUUUUUUUCUAGUUCAGGUUAAGGUAAUUAUAAUUACAGAGAAAUAGAAGGUCUUAUUUAAGUCACUGGAUCUUUUCACAUACAAAGCAUAGCUCCGUGCCCUGUAGAUCUGCAGUUAACAAAUAUGUGAUAUACAUGAAGAGGCACUGAAGUGUUCUUUGACAGGUGAAGCAGGUGAUUCGAAGCAGAGGAUAGAUCUUGUGUUUCUUUUCAUUGAAGUCUGUAGGAUUUUGAGACAUACAGGUAAUCGAGAACUAUGCCUGCUGGUUUUGGUUAUUUGGAUGGGAAAAGUUCUGAUUUCUGGUGAAAAGAUAUGGUCACAGAACUGAGUGUAACUGAUAACAGUUAGCAAAUUUAGAUUCACUAGCAGAAAACCAUCUCAGAUGUGUUUUAAAAAGAUGAUCCAAAGGCUCUCCUUAAUAAGUCAUGAAGAUGAUUUAACUUCUUUACCAGAGUCCUCUGAAGAGAGCUGAAACUGGAAGGCAUGAUGCUUAAAUUCUCUUUCAAUUAAAGAUACACCAUAAGCAAAGGUUUUUGAAAAUGAGGGCCAGAGUACAGCGGCGCGUGUGCUCUAGUUACCAGGUGAAGAUUGUGAAAUCCAUGGUGAGAGGCAUUUUAAAGGUUUUAUUCUGAUAUUUGAUAAGCAUGCACAUCAAUAUACCUACAUGUUGUGCCCUGAGAAGCAGAUGGUGCAAUGUAUUUUGUCAUCUCAGGAUACUCACAGAAUGAACUGGUGAGCAUGUUCCACUUUUUAUGUGGCGGUAAAUCUGCAUUACAAAAGUCACCCUAACUUACACAUUUAUUUGCUGCUUAAAAGCAGAGAUUUCUCAGUAUGUGUGGCUGUGAAGUGAGAGCUGCCCUUCAGUAGUGGUCUCUCCCAAUUAGGUCUGAGGCACAAAGGCAGCCCAGGGACGUGUGCCAGGCCCCUGCAUGUGCCAGGCUUGUGUGUGUGCUGUGGAUCGAGGACUUGAGGCUUGAAGGCUGUCACCCUGGCACAUUUCACCAGAGCUAAACUGACAUUUAGAAAAACUAACAUUCUCAAAUGCCAUAUUGCUUCUGCAGCUUAAGUGGGGUUAGCUUUCCAAGCAGGCUUUCUAGGUCCCUGUGUUCGUAAGGUAGAACUCCGGGAAGUUUGUAAGAGGGGUAGAUACCUUAAAAUGACACCACAGAAGAUAAGAUGAUAAUUCAGAUAUCCUCAAGGAGUCUGGUGGUUUUUUAAAUAUUGUUUAAUUCCCAUUGUCAUUAAUUGCAGGUACGUAACGUGUUUGCUGUGCGGAAAGGAGCCUUAUGGGUGCAUAUUUUGCUUCAAUACAUCGCAGUUUUAUUUGUUGGCUUUUUAAAUGCAAUUGGUACAACAAAUCAUAUUCAUUUAGAAAGCCUAAUGUAGCCAUCAGUAGCAGUGUGCAUGAUUGACCUUAAAAUCUACAAGAGUCUCUAUGAACAUUUGAUUAUGCUGCCUUCAUUUCAAAGUCUGCAAGUAUGUUGAGAGCGUUCAGAUUUCUGCAUUUGUUACGUGAAUCCAGGCCGGUCUGCUAAGGGAAGACUUGGUGGUUCUGGUUUGCUAGGACUUGCAUUCAGUUUCAGAAAAUGAAGAGAAGGAAGAGGAGAGUGUAUCACUCUGGAAAAGCUUUUAGCUGCAGAGUGAUUUGCUUAGCUCAUCCUUUCCCACAGAAUAAUGCCUUUUUAGGAUUAUUUCAGUAUUCAUUUCCUGAUGGCAGAGCUGAAGUUAGCAGCCUAAUUCCAUUGACUGGCUUCUGUCUGGAGUAUGUGAAAUGGAUAUUUUCAACGCAAAAAAAAAUAAAUUGUUUUUCAGCCUAGUUCUCAUAAUAAGUAAUUGCUUUACUGGGUCCAUGUUCACUUAGUGCUGGGCAGUCUAUAACAACUUGUUUGGGUGGGGGUUAAAACAGUAAAGUGUUAAUUUGUGAUGAUGAAGCCAAAUACUAAUGGUUAUAAGAAUGUUGGGAAUGACAGUUGGGACCACUGCUGCUCAGUGGCACUUUUUUGUUGUUUUUUUAAAUAAAGAGCCUACUUCUGUGUGUAAAGGGUGACCUGACAGCUUAUGAAGAACAGUUUAUCCUCAGUAUAGGGGACAACCUGAACUCUCGAUGAAGCUCUAGAAGGGGUUUCUGCUAACCGGUAUCCAAGAUUUUUAGUGGAAGAUGUCCCUGCCCGUGGCAGGGGUUGUGGACUAGAAGAUCUUUAAGGUCCCUUCCAACCCAAACCACUCUAUCAAUCUAUGAUUUGCACAAGAAGCAGGUGUGUGCCUAUGCAGUCUAUCGCAAACUCUCACGCUCUUCUUUAAGGUAUUUUACUCCUGUUGUCUCACUGGCUUUCCCUGAAAAAAAUACGGCUUUGAUGUUUUAUAGCUGCACGAAGGUGCCUUUUUUACUACAUACUUAUUACUACAUACAGUGGUCUUUGGAUCAGGGCUCUUGUGAACCUUUGAGCACAUGCUGGAGAGGCAGCAAAAAAAUAAUGUAUGGAGAACAUUCCUGACACCAGUAAGAAGAUGGCUUAGCUGAUUUAAUAGCUUUUUCUCAGUCUGUGAUUCUAACAGCCAGGUUUGUGAUAUUUAUUUUAGUAUUCAUGUUCUUGCAGUCAUUUUUACAUUUCCCUGUGUUUCUCUGGCAGACAUCCCGCAGCUCCGUAAGUCUGGGGGAAGAGGAUGGUUAGCAUGUUGUUGCUGUGGGGAUUUGAGUCUUAGUGUUCUGUAUUUGUAAUGCUGGGCAUAUAAUGUUAAAACUUGCAUGCUAUAAAAGCAGAUAACUAUAUCCCUGCUACAUUUUAUACUCUGGUUUGGGAAAGGAAGACAUUUCAGAAUAUUAGAAGAAAAAAAAAGUUACAGUUUUGGAGACUAUUGGAAAUUGAAACAGAAAGAGAGGAGUGAUGAGUUAUCAGUCAAGCUGGAAAGAGACAGCUUGUUCUGUUGAACACCAAUAAUGUUCAUAGUCAGCCAACCACUUAUGCAGGAAUGAAACCCUAGACUGAAAGGUAAAGUUCAAAGACAUCUGUGUAUGUUUCUGAAAUGAACUUGAAUUAAGCUUGCUAUUGAAUUAUGCUUACUGAUUAUGUGUGUUAUAGUAUCUGAUUUUUGUUUAGCACAAGCUAUUCAUGUGAUUGCUAGUUAUCUUAUUUUCAGUGCAGUAUCUGGCUCCUUUUUUUUUUCCCCCUCCUGUCUUGGAUACUUUUUAUGUGUCCAGGGUUGACACUGGGGGACUGUCAUUUGGCAGAAGGCUCAUCAGUACUGUGGUGUUUCUUUUUUUUUAUUAUUAUUUUUUUUUAAGUGAGAUGUAUCUUUCUAUUUCCUACAUUUUAUAUGGUGAACUUCUAGAUGAAUAUCUGUGGCUAGCAUUCUCAAAGGCUGGCCUAAUGGUGUGAGUCACAUGAUCUCCCAUGUGUGAGGAUAGAUUCCCCGCUUAAAAGAAGUCUUGAGCACUAAAUGCUGUAUGAGUGCUGUACUUGCUGUGCUUUGUUUCUGUUUGCAAACAAAGUUGGAAAAAAAUGUUCUUUUGAGUUAGUUUGUAUUGUUAAAUGCUAUCUUCCCCUUACCCAGAAAGAGGAAGCAGAGCUUGAGUGGACAUCAGAGGUGCCUGAAUACAUCUGCUGGUUGUGCAGUGGAUUUGAUGUAUCACUUGAGUGUAGUCAUGAAAGACAGGACCAACCAGGAGGCUGACAAAAGCUGUGUCUUAGCUGCUGUAGGCACUGGGAUCUUCCUAAGGCCAAAUGGAGAUUCUAGGUCCCACCAGGCAGUGCCUUAAUGCCUUUGCAGCUUCAUUUCAGCUGUGUGUAAAGUGGGCAUAAGCCUUGGAUUAUAAAACACAGGGUGUUUUUUCAGGUAGUUUGAAAUGCUCACAUAGAGCUGUGGAAUCUUAAAUUAUUAAUCAUACUAGAGAAUAUUUAUAGAAGUCACCAGUUCUAAUAGUUUCAAACACAAGUAGCUUCACUUAGAACAGUUUACCCCCUAUAAAAUCUCUGACCUUGCCCAUUCAAACUUCUUUACAAAUGCAUAAUUUAAUACAGGAAGCUCCUCAGGGAGGGUUCUUCACAUCUGCCAUCAUAAUUUCUUAUUUCCUAAAUGCAGCGAUUUGUACUCGAUUAUUCUUACAAGAAUUGUGCCUCCCUUCCCUCCCCCUACUCUGGCACAUUUCAUUGUGCUGCUGCUUGUUCUGUAGCCUGAACACAUCAUCUGAGAGUGUUUAAAAUCCAAAUUUUUCUUUGCUGUUUUUCUACCAUUUCCUUACCACUCACUUCUAAGGGAGGGCAUGAAGGAAUCUGCUCUCAUUCUCAGACUGUCUUCCUGCGGGUUGUUACUGACAGCGAGUUGUCGUCAUUUUACAGCCAUUCACCAAGUAACAAAAACGAGCUGAAUCUCUCAUUCCAGCUUCCUAAGGACAAGAUUUCCCAAAACAAAAAUACACUACCACUUCUUGGAGCACUUAACAUCUGUAGUAGAACUGAAGAACUGAAGAACAGGUGAAGAACUGAAGUCCAGAUUUUUAAAGAUGCUUAGGUGCUUGACUCCCGCUAGAACUGAAUUAGACCUAAGUACCUAUAAAUAGCUUUAAAAAUUUGAGUGAAUGUGAAGACCUUCCUCAUCCAUCACUCUUGGCAGUGGUCCCAUCAGAAUGGAAGUAAGGCACAUCAACAAGGUGACAUAAAAAACUUGGAGUCCUGUUUUCCAGAAGAUGCACAUAUCAAGUGAAUUGCUGCAUUCUAGCACAGCUUUUCAUGAAAUACAUCUUCUGAAGCAGAUUCCUUACAUUUGCUAGAUGAAAAAGCCCUUGCUUGCAUGAAAGUAAAUAUUUAAGACAGACAACUUUUAAAAAGGACACAACAUUAUACUGUAAAAAUACCCGCCUGUGUUCCUGAUAAUCCAUUUUUUAUUAAAACUGUGAAAUAAAAGUAAAAUUCACAGUUAAAUUACUUUCUGCUGUUUCUAGGGGAUACUCUUUACAUUCCAGUUGGUUUUACUUUUCUGUUCCUAUAUCCAUUUUCAGUGCCGUUGUUCUAGACUUGCAUAACUUUCACGGAAAAUUUAUUCCCAAACAUAAAACCUGUAUGGAUUUUACCUUUUUUAUAUUUAAUAACAUUUAACUGUGUGUUAGCCUUUGAAUCACUUUCUUUUCCAGUGAAUCCAGAUUCUGGGGCUAGUGCUGUCUAAGAAGAGAAUGCGUUUGAAGGGGGGAGCCCUUCAUAUCUGUAUCAGGAGAUUCUUCAGUGAUACAACUAAACCAGGAGCAUGUGCAUGGAAGGCCCAGUUCGCUCGGUUCCUUGGGAUGUGAUGAACAACCACCUGCAAUGCAUACCCUUACUAAAUGGUUUUUCAAAGGCAAGUGCUGCAUAGGUAAGGAGAUGUCAUGGUCUUCUUCCAUCGAUGUAGGAAGAUAGCAGAUAUGAUUGCCUGAAAAAGCAGACCUACCCAGUGCAAGCAUGGCUUUCGCCCAGUCGCACAUUAUGGCAGCUAGAAGGCAUCAGCAUAGUAGACUCAUAAUUGAAGUGGAUGAGUACAGCUCCAACCCCACACAGGCUUUCACGUUCUACAACAUUAACCAGGGACGUUUCCAGCCCCCACAUGUGCAAAUGGUUGAUCCAGUGCCCCAUGAUGCUCCCAAACCUCCGGGAUAUACUCGAUUUGUCUGUAUUUCUGAUACUCACUCGAGAACUGAUCCCAUCCAAAUGCCAUAUGGAGAUGUGUUAAUACAUGCUGGUGAUUUUACUGAGCUGGGACUUCCUAGUGAAGUAAAAAAAUUCAACGAGUGGCUAGGUAGCCUGCCCUAUGAAUACAAGAUUGUGAUAGCAGGAAAUCAUGAAUUGACCUUUGACCAGGAAUUCAUGGCUGACUUAAUCAAGCAGGACUUUUACUAUUUCCCCUCUGUUUCUAAGCUGAAGCCAGAGAGCUAUGAAAAUGUACAGUCUCUUCUAACAAACUGCAUCUAUCUUCAAGACUCUGAAGUGACCGUGAGGGGAUUCAGAAUAUAUGGCUCCCCUUGGCAACCUUGGUUUUAUGGCUGGGGCUUUAAUCUUCCACGAGGCCAAGCACUAUUAGAGAAAUGGAACCUGAUUCCAGAUGGGAUAGAUAUUCUUAUAACACAUGGACCACCUCUCGGUUUUCUAGACUGGGUACCUAAGAAAAUGCAACGGGUAGGAUGUGUUGAGCUGCUGAACACAGUCCAGAGACGAGUACAGCCAAGGCUUCAUAUUUUUGGACACAUCCAUGAAGGUUAUGGUGUCAUGGCUGAUGGAACUACUACCUAUGUGAAUGCAUCUGUGUGCACUGUGAAUUACCAGCCACUAAAUCCACCUAUAGUUAUUGACUUACCUACUCCAAGGAACACAUGAUUAUAAUAAAGGAUUUAAUAUUGUGCCCAACACAUUAGCAACUUUAUAUUGCUGGCUGAGAAUCCCAAUAAGGAACUAUUCAACAAAGCAAAAACCUUCUUCUUUUUUUCCUGCUAUCUCUUCACAGAUAAAUUCAAGUGACAGAAACGGAAGACAAACACAGGCAUUUUGGUGCCAGAAACAGAUUAAAGACAUGUCGUCAUUAAAAUAUUUGUGAACACAGCACAGUGAAUGCAUUCCACAUAUAUAUACAUAUGCAUAUAUAUAUAUAUCUCAAGUAGGGACUUAUGUAUAUACCGUACAUUAUAUUGGACUUACUAAAAGAACAAUGUCUUUCAAGGGAGUGUUUCCUCAAGAAAGUUUGAAGUUUAAACAUAAGUGUUUAGACUAGGAUUUCCUCAUUUCAGAUGUUUCCCAGUGAGCUCUUGAUAGCUGGAAUGUGAUGGUAAAGAUGUUUUCCCUUAGUUAACAUGGCAAGUACAAAAGAUAGUACAUGAAUGACCAGUCACAGGAGGAAAGCAAUUAUUUCAGGUCCUCCAGGUCUUGAUUCUGUGCAUCUAUUCAAAACCAGUGCAGCAGAGGCCCCAAUUCACUUUACUGAAAUGAAGUUUUACUACAUCUGGCAUUACAGAUGGUAAGGGAAAUGGUGCAUAUUGCCGGCUUGCUGUAAACAGCUCAAAAUUCAAGACGGGAGACUGUGUUAAGUGCAGUAUAAACUCAGGAAUUUGUAACCUGGCCUUGCCUGUGGAAAAAAAAAAUAUAUAUAAGUGUUUUUUCAUAUGUUAAGGCGAUAUGUGAUUGUAUGUAAAAAGCAAAAGCAAAAAAAAAAAAAAACAACAACCUGAUGUUCAGUAGUGAUAUUCUAAAUAAAACCCACUGGGACUGUUUAAAAUUGUUACUGGGACACGCAGCCAAUGAUGAGAUUGCUGGUUUGAAUUUGGCCCACGUCAGCUGUGAUUAAAUGUCAUUGUGAUCGGUUUGUCCUUUGGGAAACUGUACGGACUUAGAGGGGGGUGUCAUCCCAAAGUGGAGUUUGGGCAUUCAUUUUCAGACAUCUAUGUAGUAGCAUAAGUGCAAUGAGUGAUGAGUACUUGCCAAUGGGUACAGAGCAAGAGUCCCCGCACAAAACCUAUCGUUCCCAUGUGCCCGCUCAGAGACGCUGCUGAGAGAGGCCUGAGACAAAACCAUUAACCCAGUUGAAGUCCAUCUAUUGUGUUGGCAUACCGAGGCAAAGCAGAUGAUGUGGGAGCUGCUGGGGAUGGCUGACACUAGUCGUUCCCCUGCAGCUUUCCUGCAGGUUAACAGAGGUGCUGAAUCUGCUGGGAUUUCAGUCCAGUCCGAGGCAGAAGCGCAAGAAUUGACUAAAACCCACAAAAAUACGUGCUUCAAAUGUGUGCCACAACACAUUUCUGCCUUGAACUAACACACAUCUCCAUGCUCAAAGAGGAACCUUUUUGCCUUGAUGGAGGUAAUGUAACUGGUGUAACCUGAACGUGGACGUUCUGAAUUUGGAGCUGACUGCAUCUAUAUAUUAAUUUUGUUUCCACACAUGAGGCAAAUCAUUGCACCAUCAAUACAGGGUUGUUCGCAGGUCUGUGGGUAGCCCAUACCUGCACACACACUGGUUAGAUGUGUGGGUUACUUUUUGCCUGAUGUAUGGUUUUAAAUGUGACCUUUGUGUAGCAGCUGCAUGUACAUUAUAUACAUACACAGUCUUAAAUAUCUGUUCUGCAACCCCAGGCUUGCAGCCUCAACUCUAAGCAAAGUAGGCAGAAACACCACAUUUUGCUGGCUUACCACAUGCAGCUGCGCUUCUGACUGAUGCUGGAAGCUGUGAAAUUUGAACCCAGGUACUGACCCACUGACACCAGAAAACAUGGCAAGCCACAGAUCUGUCAUUUCUUGGAGCUGUUGAGUGACUUGGAUUUUCUUUUUGACUAAUUUGCUGUUUUUUUCCUGAAACAAAAGCAAACAGAAAAACAACCAGCGGUGUCCUGCAACUGUUUUGGGUGUGCAUAGUUUGCAGCACAAGAACAGUCUACCAUGAAUUCAGCUGGGUCUACUUUUUGUAUAAUCCAUUGGUGUAGAAAUUGCAAGAUCAGCUCCUAAAUCAGCAAGGACUGAAAUUUUUAGUUUAAUGUGAACUCCCAGCAUCAUUGGGAAGAUGAAGAAUAGCAUGCAGUUAGAAUAAAAGUGUCUUAGCUAGUCACAACUCAAGCGUUUUGAAACAUAUGUGGCAGGAAAUUGGCUGUAUGUUAAAGUCUGAAAUGUUUACAUUCACUCAUGGCACUUACACUAAAAUGUUAAAAGUGGGGAAAAGAGGUCCUUUUAUUAGCCUCGACAAAAUUUCUAUGUUGACCAUAAACUAUUCUCUUAAAAAUAAUUUUGCCUAAGGUAUCUUCAAAAUACUGUGUAUUUUUAUGUGAAAAGGAUAUGAAAGCAGCUGUUACUUCAAAAUAUCAUUUAAAGUACUCGAGGUAUGAAAGAUUAAAGGUUAUUUAAUCAUUUUGGCAUAACUUGAUUGUUGUUGUAAUUUUUGGUCAAGCAUGUUAGACAAAUAAAGUCUUAAAAGAAA